CAGUUCCCACAGGCCGCCUGUGAUUGGCAGAGAAGUCUCAAGCCCCCGAGGUCGUGACAUCAGCAGCAGCCAAGAAACAAAAAGCAUAAGGAGGCAUCAAACAGCCUCAAUCAAUUUACAGCAAGAAGACAACACACACACGCGCGAGAAGAGGGAGACUGGAAAAUUGUGUGUGCACUCUAGAGAAACUCGAGAGUAAAGUGUCUUCUGUUACCCAUCCCGAACUGCUUCGCCAUUCAGGAACGGACUAAAGAGAAACGGGGAGGGGGAAAGAAGUAUCUGUGGGGAAAAGUCGAAAUUUAAUGCCUUGGACCUGCAGUACCACACGCCAGUCUGAAGCGGCCAAGUGCCCAUCUCUCCGUCUAGGGAUGCAAAGCGCCCAGUUUUUAAUUUGAAAAGAAGAAAACUUAUUUUUCUACAUAGAUACAUGAUUCAUCUCUAUCUGCUCAACACAAAGGACAAGACAACUUGUUGACUGCCGUGUGUGCAAGCAAACGGGGAAAAUUUUUUAAGAAAAGGAAAACCACCAGCCUGGUUUGACUGGGACUGCCUGCUGGCUAACCAUCUGCUGAAAGUAUGCUUCAGAGGCGGGCUGGACUUUGGAGAUUUUCUAUUUUCUGCUUAACAGCUGUAAGAGAGGCAAGUUUGGAGUAACACCAAGUGAUGCGGAAAAAAAACACACCGAGAGCAGAAAACUCUCCUGCAGACGCCAGCCUUGCCGCCGCUGUUGCCGCUGCCGCUGCCGCUGCCACCCUUACUCAGACUAACCUCCCAGGACUCCCCUACAGGUUGACCAUGGUUGCCGGGAUCCGCUCUCUUCUAGCGCUGCUGCUUUACCAAGUCUUGCUGGAUAGUUCGGCCGGCCUCAUCCCGGAGGUGGGCCGGAGGAAGUUCGCUGAAUCCAGCCGUUCCACGCCGCAGCAGUCGGAAGAAAUCUUGAGCGGGUUUGAGCUGCGGCUGCUCAGUAUGUUCGGGCUGAAGCAGAGACCGAGCCCCAGCAAAAAUGCGAUCAUCCCCCCCUACAUGCUAGAUCUCUACCGCCUGCAUUCGGGUCAGCUUGGGGAUCCCACCAUGGACUACCAGCUGGAGAGAGCAACCAGCCGGGCUAAUACUGUCAGAAGCUUCCACCAUGAAGGUGAGGGACUGGGGAGGUAA